AUGACAAAUGUCACAUCAGUACUGGAAUUCAAGCUACUGGGCUUCAGUAGCAACCCUUGCUGCCAGAUUCUGCUAUUCACAGUGUUUUUAGUUAUUUAUACUUUCACCAUCCUAGGAAACAUCAUGAUCAUUUCAGUGGUGACACUGGAGCCACAACUUCAUUCACCCAUGUACAGAUUUCUCAAGAACCUCUCUUUCCUUGAGAUCUGUUACACCACCACAGUUGUACCCAAGAUGCUGGCCAAUCUACUGGCAAAGAGGAAGAGCAUCUCUUUCUCAGGAUGCAUGGCACAGCUUUAUUACUUUGUGUCCCUGGGAGCCACUGAGUGCUACCUCUUGGCAGCGAUGGCAUACGACCGGUUCCUUGCGGUCUGUGAACCCCUGCACUAUGCUGUUGCCAUGACUCCCGAGACCUACAGACGUCUGGCUGUGGGGUCCUGGGUCAGUGGUGUUCUCACUGGUUUUCUGCCCUGUCAGAUGGUCUCCAGACUGAAUUUCUGCAGUUACAAUCUCAUCGAUCACUUCUUCUGUGACAUCUCUCCACUGUUGAAGCUUUCAUGCUCAGACACCACUGUCACAGAAGCUGUCAUCUUCAUUCUCUCUCUCCUAGUCCUUUCCAGCUGCUUUCUGUUCACUCUUCUCUCAUACAUAUUUAUAAUUCUUAGUAUCCUCAAGAUACCCUCAGCUUCUGGAAAGAGAAUGACCUUCUCCACCUGCAGCUCACACCUCAUGGUAGUGACUAUGUACUAUGGUACCAUGAUUUCCAUGUAUGUCCGUCCAGUCCACAACCUGUCCUCACAGCUCAAUAAGGCUGUAUCUGUGCUCUACACAGUGGUCACCCCCCUUCUGAACCCAGUCAUCUACAGCAUGAGAAACAAAGGAUUCAAGAAGGCCUUGGAAAAAAUACUCCUCAGACACCACCGUCUUCAUUAUUUGUAA